AUCGUGGCCGCCAGAGGCAACGAGGAGGACAACACCGUGGAGCUGCGCCGCAUGUCCGUCGACUCCAACUACCGCGGCAAAGGGAUCGCCAAGGCCCUGGGCCGCAAAGUGCUGGAGUUUGCCGUGCUCAACAACUACUCCUCCGUCGUGCUGGGAACCACGGCCGUGAAGAUGGCAGCCCACAAGCUGUACGAGUCCUUGGGCUUCAAACACGUGGGCGUCGUUGAACAUUACGCCCUCCCGGGGAUGACGCAUUCCUUACUAGAGAGAAUGUUUUUCCAGCUUCGCUACCACCGCUACCGCCUGCAGCUGCGCGAAGAAUAAAACCCAACCAAACACACACACACACACACACA